UAAAUAAAUGAUAUUCAUAAUUGGCUAGCAGGUUGUAUUCACACUAAUAGGUUAUUUUGUUUUCCUUGUUUAUUAUUUUCAAAUAAAGAUAGUAAUGUUUGGGCCUCUAACCCUUUAUAAGGUAGUGGGGCCUAUAUGCUCCACCAACUUUUCACCCAAAUAAUUGGAGUUUCGUUCAUUAUUAGGAUUUCUGAUUCCUAAUAAGGACAACACUGGUUUACAUUACGUCAAAAAACGACCGCCAUUUAUGUCUUCACUGACAGCUGUCACUUUGCUGACAACAAGUAGCGCGUGACUUGGGUAUUUUUGUUCGUGAAAAUUAAUCUAGUGGAAUCUUCGAAAGUAAUUAUAAAAAAUGGCGGCACUUAGAGAUCACGACAUCGAGAAAGAGUUUGAAAUGAUGUUGGGCCUCCCGGAUGAUCCUGACGAUUCCGAAGACGGAUACGAAGCGGAUGAUCCAGACAUCAAUUUAGCUCGUGUCUUAGAGGAUGAAGUUCCAGGCUUAGUUCCAAGUACAAUUCCCGGUGCAUCUUUGGACGAGGAUUUGGAAAACGUCAGUCCAAAUAUUGAACAAUUUGAACGCUUGUCUGAAGAUAGUCCCAGAGGCGUCCCAAAUCGUCGACAUCGUGUUCUGUCAUCAGAAUCCUCUUCAUCAUCGGAAAGCGAAUCGCAGAGUGAAACCUCAGACGAUGAUGAUAACGACGACGAAUGGAAAAAAGUCAUUUGGUCAGAAGAGAGUAGACCUAAAGCUGAAGACUACGAUCGGGUACCACUGACAGCAAAGAUUUCUUUACCGAAACCGUUCGUAUAUUUUUCUAUAUUGAUUUCAGACGCGGUAAUAAAUCAAAUCGUUGAACAAACGAACUUGUAUGCCGCCCAAAAAAAUAAUAAGAACUGGGAACCAGUGACGUGUGUCGAUAUACGAGCCUUUAUUGGCAUUAUUAUAAUUAUGGGAAUCCACGUUUUACCAUCCAUUGAUUUAUACUGGUCUAGUGACCCGUUGUUCAGAGUAAAUGAGGUGGCAGAAGUAUUGAUCUGCAAAAGAUUUAAAAAAUUUUUGGAAAAUCUCCAUCUGAACGACAAUACCCAAACUCCUUCCAAAUCAAGUCCAGACUACGACAAGCUAUAUAAAGUUCGCCCGUUGCUGGAAAUGCUGAACACUGCUAGCAAUAAUGAAGCCAAAACGUCCACGUCACAAAGUAUCGACGAGGCAAUGAUUAGAUUCAAAGGCAUUUCGUCUUAGAAACAGUACAUGCCAUCAAAACCCAUAAAACGUGGAUUUAAAGUUGGGGUAAGGGCAGAUAGCUCUACUGGAUACGUCUAUGAAUUUCAAGUGUAUACAGGCAAGAAUAACAUCAACACACAAGAGUUAGGACUAGGGUCCAAUGUGGUAAAAACUUUGUCACAAAGCCUGAUAGAAGAAGGUGUUACUGUUCAUUUAGCAUUUGAUAACUUCUUUGCUUCCUAUCCGCUGAUGCAGCCAAUGUUUUUUUUUUUUUUUAUGGGACAAGCCCGCCACAAC